UAACAUUGUUUAAGAUAUAAUUAUAAUUGAGAACAACGACUAACUUUUGUUUAUGUUAGUUUCUUAUGCAUUCUAUGAAAUUUUAAAGAAACACUGGUAUUUCAAAGAUAAAAACUUCUUAUCAGUGGUUGAAAUUGUAAUUCACUUACAUAUUCGUUUGAAGUUGUUAAUGUACACACAAAAGGUAGGAUUUUGCUAACCUUUUUCUUUCCUACAUUAUGUCCACAAUAAGCUUACCUUGCCAGGCCCCAGGAUGCAAUGUCGUCAUUGAAGGUCCCAGCGAAGCAAUUGCAAUUGCAUUAUUCAACAGUCACCAGCUUCACCAUCCUCCAAACUCGAUUGACACUCAUUCAGCCUUCUCAAAACACAAGGCACCUAAAAUGGAUUGCCCCCACAUCGGUCAGGAUAUCUCAGAAGAAGAGUGGGCAAACUUUAUUAGUCGCUGGACAUUGUUUAAGAGAUGUACAGACAUCAGACAAGAAGAGAUGACAGCACAGCUGUUUCAGUGCUGUGAGGACGACCUUGGAAAUCAACUCCUAAAAGAAAAUCCCAUGAUAAUUAAUGAAAACGAUGAGGCAUUUCUAAAAGCAAUGAAAAAACUGGCCGUUAUCCCAGUAGCCACUUGCGUCAGAAGAGCAGAACUCCUUCAAAUGAGACAGGGACACAACGAAAGUAUUCGGUCAUUCUAUGCAAAACUGAAAGGCAAGGCUGCUACUUGCAACUACACUGUUCAAUGCCACUGCCACCCACAAACAACUGUUGAUUUUACCGAUGUUAUCAUACGAGACAUUGUUGUUGCUGGGCUAUCAGAUACUGACAUCCGCAAAGACGUACUUGGAUGGGUCUCCCUUGACACAGCCUCCGUCACAGAUAUCAUUGCUUUUAUAGAGGGUAAAGAAAUGGCACGAAAUGCACUAGGCUGUAGUUCAACAACAGCAAGUGUAUCAACUUUCAGGAAACAAAACAAGAGCAAUACACAGAGUAGUAAAGGGACCAAUAUAACAGCCAAAUGUCCAGAUUGCUCAGAAUCUUACAGUUUAUUUACAGAAACAUCCAGAGGAUGGAACAAAAAACCCCACAAGCUGUGUCUAGACUGUUGGAAGAAGCUCAGAUCUCGCACUUCUAAAAUUAACAACAGAAUCAUCCCAAAUGAUAAGAAAUCGAAUGCAACCAAAGAUGCUGAGGCAGGCGGACUUGUGUUAAAGUUAAGUGCAAUUGAGCAUUCAAAUAAAAAAAUUAGAUCACAAAUGAAGACCAAUGUGAAACGACCAUGCACAGGAAUAAACCAUCACAUAUUUACCCAUGAUGGAUGGGCCACAGCUCAAUUGCUUGUUCAUCCUACAAUUCAGCUGCGUGUGACAACUAACAAAUCAGACUAUGUCGCAUUUGGUAUUCCAUUUCCUCCCAUUAUACCAAAAUAUAUACAAGUUAUUACAGAUACCGGUGCACAGUCCUGCUUAUGGUCUAGGAAAGGGUUUGACAGUGCAGGCUUUAAUGCAAACAAUUUAAUACCUGUGAAACAUAGCAUGUCGGCCGCAAAUAAAACCCAAUUUCGUAUAGAUGGUGCAAUUCUUUUACGUCUCGAAGGACGACAAUCUAAUGGACACAAAGUUGAAUGUGCAGUAAUGGUUUAUAUAAGUCCAGACGCAAACGGAUUCUACCUAUCUAAAGAAGCAAUGACCCAACUGGGUAUCAUCUCUAAGGACUUUCCAGAGAUAGGCAGUGCCCUCCACGGAGCUAUUAACUCAGGCCCUAUAACUAUAGGGACCAAAACAUCCAGUGAAAAUAAUAGCUCACACGUGUGCAAUUGCCCCAAAAGAAGUCUCCCAGCAGGCGCACCCACCAAACUUCCAUUUGUCUGCUGUCCUGAAAACAACGAACGGAUGAAAGCGUGGCUCCUUGAAAGAUACUCUGCUUCAACAUUCAACACAUGUCCACACCAGAUUUUACCUGAUAUGGAGGGACCUCCAAUAAGUAUUUUAAUUCAAGAAAAUGCCAAACCAGUUGCAGCAUUUACUCCAGCCACCAUACCAAUCCAUUGGCAAGACCAGUCAUAGAAUGGUUAUCACACGUAAGCAUGACGGUGGGCCUCGUCGCACUGUUGAUCUAUCUCCUUUAAACAAGUACUGCUACAGAGAAACUCAUGCAAUGAAAUCGCCUUUCCAACUAGCUCGUUCAG